AUGUAUUUUUGGAGUUUUAGCUCUGGAAAUGGCAAAGAAGCAUUCAGAAGGGUGACGCUUCCGGGCGGUGGAUCGGUGGAUUUCAUGAAGUUGACAAUUGAGCGUGCAAUGCGAAUGGGUCAUGUCUUACAAGUGUUGAUACUGCCGGAUCGUACGCCGAUCGAAACUGACGAACAA